AUGGCGCAGAGAAGCGGGGGGGUGGGGGGGUUCACCCCCCCCACCAUGGGUAGUCUGACGCUUGAUGCUGGCAGUGGCAUGACGGGAACGGGAACGGGAAUGCCUCGCAGUGCAAGCAGCGGGAGUUUGGCGGGCAUGGGGAUGAGUGGUGCGGGAGUGGGAUUAAUUCCUUCCAUGAGAACAAUGCUCGAUCCCGCCAGGGGGGGUGGCGGGGUCCCUAGGAGCGCCAGCAGCGGGAAUCUGGCGCGAAUGGGGCAGAGAGGUGGCUCCACCAUGGGUAGUCCGAUGCUUGAUGCUGGCAUGGGGGGAACGGGAACGGGAAUGGGAAUGCCUCGCAGCGCAAGCAGCGGGAAUCUGGCGGGGAACAUGGGCGGCGGCAUGGGCUGCGGCACGGGCGGCGGCAUGAGAUUCACUCCCACCAUGGGCAUGGUGCUUGGGAGUCCCAGGGUCCCUCAAAACGGCAGCAGCGGGAAUAUGGGCGGCAUGGGCGGGAGCGGUGCGGGGGGCAUGAGUGGGAGUAGCGCGGAUAAAGGGGGAGGGCACAGGAGGACAAGCAGCGUUAGCAGCAGCAGCGGUGGUGGUGGUGGUUUCGCUAGCGGGGGGAGUGUGGUGCAUAGCCCUCAAUCCAUGGCUGCCCUAGCAGAGAGGGACAAGCAAAAGCUGGCCGAGAUUCAGAGCUUCUUUGCUUCGGGAGGGCUAGGUUCGGGAGGGCUAGGUUUGGGAAGGCGAGGUUCGGGGCAAUGGGGGGUGGGAGGAGCCACUUCAAACCAGUCACCCAGGACUGGGAUGUCCCCCAAUGCCUCCCCUCCUGUCACUUCACCUUCACGAGGAGCAGCAGGAGCAGGUUUAGGAGGAGAGAGAGGAGGAUCAGGAGCAGGUUUAGGAGGAGAGAGAGGAGCAGGAGCAGGUUUAGGAGGAGAGAGAGGAGGAGCAGGAGCAGGUGGAGGAGGGAAGAGAGGAGGAAGAGGAGGGAAGAAGGGAGUGCUAGGGCUGAUUCUAGGGCCUAUUCGCACCCCCAGUCCCAGUGAGUAUUACCGGCUUGGUUCUCCUGGUGGCGGUGGGUGGAUGGGACGGGUGUGGGGACAGCGAGGGGAAGGAGAGAAGCAGGUGGAAGAGAAGGAGGAGAAAGGGGAAGGGAAGGAGAAGGAGAAGGAGAAGGAGAAGGAGAAGGUGAAGGAGGGAGAGGAUUGGGGUAAGUACAUGGGUGGUGAGGCGUAUGAGGAGAGUGAGGAUGGGGAAGGGGAGGAGGGAGAAGCAGCAGGAGCACGAGGAAAAGCACAAGGAAAACGAGCCGUAAUGGGGGCAGGCACAGACGCAGCAGCAGCAACAGCAGCAGGCGAAGCUACCAGAAAAGAGACUGCAGGAUCCACGUCACGAGCCACGGUAGGAGCCACUAAAGGAGCCCACCCAAGAGCCCGGCUAGGAAAGGCGGAUGUGAAAGCAAUGGCGCAGGCAGCGGGGGCAGGAGGAAAGUCAGACGCAAAGAGCACGGUGCAGGUAGGAGCAGCAGGAGGAAAAAAAGCGAAAGCAAAAGCCAUGGUGCAGGCAGCGGGAGCAGGGGGGAAGGCGGACGUGAAAGCAGUGGUGCAGGCAGGCGCAGGAGGAGGAGCAGGAGGAGGAAAGGUGGACGUGAGAGCACUGGUGCAAGGAGCUUUGGAGGAGUGGCGCAGGACGGAGGCAGCAGCAAUGCAGCAGCUCUCAACCUCUGUGUUGGGGAGAGGAUUGUCGGAUGUGCGGAAGGUGUAUCAGCUGGGGAAGGAGCUGGGGCGGGGCAACUUCGGGGUGAUCAGGGAGGCGGUUGACUGGGUGUCUGGGGAACGGUUUGCCUGCAAGAGCGUCAACAAGAAACGACUGGAGUGCGUGGACGACAUAGGGGAUCUGAGGAGGGAGGUGGAGGUGAUGCGAUCAGUGAAGGGCCAUCCCAACAUUGUGUCACUGGUGGAUACCUAUGAAGAUGACACGGACGUGCACAUGGUGAUGGAGCUGUGCGAGGGGGGAGAGCUAUUCGACCGCAUUGUGGCGCGCAAGCACUACGGAGAGCGCCAGGCAGCGCAGGUGUGCCGCACUCUCGCCGACGUCCUUCGCUACUGCCACUCGCAGCGCAUCCUGCACCGCGACUUAAAGCCCGAGAACGUGCUCCUCGUCUCGACGCGCAGCGACACGCGUGUGAAGGUGAUCGACUUCGGCAUGGCGUACCGCUUUCAGGACGGCGAGCGCUGCACGCAGCGCGCCGGCACGCCCAACUACAUCUCCCCGGAGGUCAUCGCGAAGAAUUACAGCACCGAGGCGGACGUGUGGAGCUUGGGGGUGAUUUUGUAUGUCAUGCUGUGCGGGCUGCCGCCGUUCUGGGGCGAUUCGACGGAGGAGAUCUUCUCGAGUAUUUUGCACGAGCCGUUGGAUCUGGAGACCGAGCCUUGGCCGGACGUGUCUGCCGCGGCUAAGGACCUGGUUCGGCGGAUGCUGUGCCGGAGGUUCGACGAGCGGAUCACCGUCCCGGAGAUCCUGAGUGAGUGGGCAUUGUUGGCGUGUGGACUGUCUGUGCUGUGA